AUGGUACACUCGAGAAAGUUUCGAGGUGUUCGCCAACGCCAAUGGGGUUCUUGGGUCUCUGAGAUUCGCCAUCCUCUACUGAAAAGAAGAGUGUGGCUUGGAACAUUCGAAACAGCAGAAGCGGCUGCGAGGGCUUACGACCAAGCAGCUCUUCUAAUGAACGGCCAAAACGCUAAGACUAAUUUCCCGGUCGUUAAAUCGGAGCAACAAGGCUCGGACAAUGAUCACGACCCUAACUCACCUUUGAUGUCUACAAAGUCCUUAUCUGAGCUUUUGAACGCUAAGCUAAGGAAGAGCUGCAAAGACCUAACGCCAUCACUAACGUGUCUCCGUCUGGACACAGACAGUUCCCACAUUGGAGUCUGGCAGAAACGGGCCGGGUCGAAAACUAGUCCCAACUGGGUCAUGCGUCUCGAACUCGGGAACGUAGUCAAUGAAAGUGCCCAUGAGUUGGGGAUGAAGAAACAAGACGUGGAGAAAGCAGAAGACGUAGAAGAAGAAGCUAAUGUUGAUGAGGAUCAGUUAGCUAUGGAAAUGAUCGAGGAGUUGCUGAACUGGAGUUGACUUUUUACCUUACCGGAUGAAAGUCUAAAGAAGAAUAAUGGUGGGUUUUUUUUUCACAAGCUUGAUUUUCGGAUUUUUUAUAUUCUUUCCACAGUUUAUAGUGUGAUUAAGAUGGAUCUAUCAAUCCAUAAUACAUGUAAGAAAAUUGUUUAAAAAUACGUGUAAAAAUGUAUUAUAUACACACACAUGGGGUUGGUGUAUAUUAAGAUUUGGGGUCUAUAUCGAUAAAUCUCCUUGUAUCAUUGAAUGAAUGGGACUAAAUGUCAAUUUACUGUUAUUAACAACUAAAACGAUAUUAUAAGAAAGAACAUCAAGAAACAAAAUACAUACUGGUUUCCACGAAUAUAUCUUGGUUCAAAGACUAUAGAUCAUGAAUACUCGAACAUAGUAAAUAUUGUACACACACACGACAUAAUCUAACAGUGCGCUCUGGCGAGUUACUCGAUCUCUUUUACCGAAGAGUUGCAAACGGUCUAAAUGAAAAUUUGUCCAGAAA